GUAGUUUUCUUAUUUUAUUUUUCUUCCGCCAAUCUUGUGGUGGAUUUCCCUUGACAACUUGAGACAUUAAAGAUUAUAGAUUUUUUUCUUUUCUUUUUGAAUUUGUGAACGAAGAACGACUGAAUGAAUUCAUGACUCUUUUUUUUCUUAUCUCUUUUAAUAUAUAUCUUUAUGAUAUACAAAAUUAUCGGAUUGAUUCAUACACGGUCGCUAUAGCCUUGAGUCUCGAAGAAAGCGACGUCUCAGACUAUGAAACCGAGGAGGAUAUACAUAUUGACGACAAGACUGACACAGUAUCUGAAGAGUCCGAUUCAGACACGGAGACAUCGAGCAACAGUUCAGAGGAUGAAAUUGAUGUAACUAUACCACAGAGCGUCAGCUUAAUGAAGCCCAACACCUAUGCUACCACUGCAGAAGCAACACCAGUCAUAUCAAUAGCCCAUACUCCAAGGCGUCGAGCGCCACCCGCACGGCCAAUUGAAAUGCAUCGGCGCCCAAAACCUUCAUUAUCUCACGCGAUUGCCGUGAGCACCCCUACAAGAGCUGAGGGAUUAUCGAGAAAACACUCUGAAGGAUCACUGUCGUCCCACCUAAGUGUUCCGUCAAGCACUGGAAAAGAGGCCCGCCCACGAUCUGGUAGCUAUUCCGAUGUGCUAGUCAAACCUUUGUCGCAGUAUACGGGCCACAAAAACGUGGAUUCUUCUAGUGGCCCAUCCAGCCCUAUACUAUUAAAUUCAGCGUCCUGGAGUUCGUCUAUAGCAGCAAAUAUCUUACACUCUCUACCUGAAAAAGAGAAGAAGCGCCAGGAAGCGAUCCAUGAGCUUAUAGUAACAGAGCAGGUGUACUUGUCUAAUUUAUUAUUUGUGAAAGAUGACUUCCAGAGUCCACUGUUGGAUCAAGGGUUGAUCAGUUCAGCAGAGAGCCAGUCUAUUUUUAUGGAUUGGACAGAGCUAUUGGAUUUAUCAAAAAGCAUCGUGGCCGAACUUGUAGAGCGGCAAACGAAUGGUGAAGGCGUAGUCCUUGCUGUUGGAGAUGUGAUCAACAGCCACAUUGUCGAAAAAGCAAAUUGCUUUAUGCGAUACUGUGCAAACCACCGUUUGGCCACCAAGCUACUGACGCAGCGAAUGACAGAGAGCAAACCCUUGCUCAACUUCUUGACGCAAGCAAAGUCGAAGCCAGCAUGUCGUGGGCUCGAUAUUUUCAGCUUCUUACUCCAGCCUCUUCAACGUAUAACAAGAUAUCCUCUGUUGAUCAAAAAGAUCCUUGCAUCCACGGACGAGGAUCACAUUGAUCACCUCCUUCUAAUGGAGGCGUUAAUGUCAGCUGAAAAGUUCUUGGAUCGUAUUAACGAAGCCAUUCGUAGCGGAGAGACCAAAGAGCGACUCGAGGACAUCCAGUGCAAAAUGACAAAUGUCGAGAUGUCCGCGGGUUUGACUUUAACAUCAGAUACGAAAUACCUGGGCCCACGUGUUAUUUUGCAUGAGGGUCAACUUCGGAAGGCCAAGUCAGGCCGCAAGCUUUACGCGUAUCUAUGCAAUGAUCUCUUGCUUCUUUUCAUUCCUGGACGAUAUCCAGGGGCACUAGUGAAGUCUAGCCCACAUUCAGCGCUUACACGCUCAAAUAGUUCGACUUCAUAUGGGCUUUCUGACCGCGUAUCGGGAAUUCAUAGUGCUAUUCACUAUCAUGGCUGGAGUCUUUACCAACCACCUAUUUCCUUGGAGAGAGUCAGGGUGCAUACAGAGCCAAGCGACAAUAUCCGAUUUACUAUAGUCGUAUCGGCAUCUCUGUCCGACUCUUUGAUCGCACAGCAAAGCUUCGUGCCUCUACAUCUACAAAGUGCACAACAACAACGACAAAGUUCCGGGUCUUUGAUCCAGUUGAAAGCAGGAUCUGCAAAAGAUAGAAACGUUUGGAUCAAAACCCUUGAAAAAGCUAUCAAGGCUCUGGCGAAAGCCCCUAGAGAUUAUAUCACGAGGACAUCGAUUCGUCCUCCAUUGUCUGAAACCGUUGGUACCAUGACCAUAAGAGUUAACGAAGGCGUUAUUCCAAGUCGUGAGUUUGCAAAAUCAAAAUCUUUUAUUUGCAGUAUCUCGCUUGGUGAGCAGUUGUUCACAACCCGACCUGUAGCGACCGAUAAUGCAUACUCUGGUGUCUUUUCGAUCCUUUGGAGAGAAAGUGUCAUAUUCGCUUUGACCGAUAUGAAUCAAGUUCUCCACAUUAGAGUUACUUCAAGCACCCCCUUCGCUCCCGAUGCUCUUAUGGGUAGCACGCAAUUACAGCUACACACUGUUAUCCCUUAUGGAGAGCGAGGCACCGAAGUGAUCGCCUCUUUCGCUAAUAAUAUUGAAGUCAAAUUCUUCAUGUCAUAUAGGACACUUUAAUCAUCACCAUUUUGUAGCAAUUCAAUUUCCACUAAUUUGGUAUUUUAGAGUAAAAAUAGCAUUUCUAGUCACUAAUCAAUGAUAGAUGGGGAAAAAAAAACUUUCAGACCGUCUUAAAAAUGCAUCUGUUUUUGUACACGUAAACAAUACUUUAAAUCCUCUAGCUUGACCAAUUCACCAUUCUUAUUUUGAGCUCUAGCCAACUCAGAGGAUGUCUUGGCGAUAUCUGAGUCUGGAUGUAGAUAAUUUUGGUCGUUUAAUUGAUUAGAUGUAGAUGCUCCUGACGUGCCAGCAUGUUUGUGCUCAAAUAGGUCAAAGCAUGGAACCUCGACUGUAUUCUUGACCAGAUAAUAGUAUACAAAUGUCUAUG